UCUGGAGCACCACUUCAGGGGCAGUUGGUAGCAAGACCUUCCAGUAUGAACUAUAUGGUGGCUCCUGUAACUGGAAAUGAUGUUGGGAUUCGCAGAGCAGAAAUUAAACAAGGGAUUCGUCAAGUCAUUUUAUGUAAGGAUCAAGAUGGAAAAAUUGGACUCAGGCUUAAAUCAAUAGAUAAUGGUAUAUUUGUUCAGCUAGUCCAGGCAAAUUCUCCAGCCUCAUUGGUUGGUUUGAGAUUUGGCGACCAGGUACUCCAGAUCAAUGGUGAAAACUGUGCAGGCUGGAGCUCUGAUAAAGCUCACAAGGUGCUCAAACAGGCUUUUGGAGAGAAGAUCACAAUGACCAUUCGUGACAGGCCUUUUGAGCGGACAAUUACUAUGCAUAAGGACAGUACUGGAAACGUUGGCUUUAUCUUUAAAAAUGGGAAAGUAACAUCCAUAGUGAAAGAUAGUUCUGCAGCCAGAAAGGGUCUUCUCACGGAACAUAACAUCUGUGAGAUCAACGGCCAGAACGUCAUUGGAUUGAAGGACUCUCAAAUUGCAGACAUACUAUCAACAUCUGGGAAUGUAGUUACCAUCACAAUCAUGCCUACUUUUAUCUUUGAACAUAUUAUUAAACGGAUGGCGCCAAGCAUUAUGAAAAGCCUGAUGGAUCACACCAUCCCUGAAGUUUAACAGUUAGGACACAAUGGAAACAGCUGAGCAUCUCCAGUUUCCUUUCUCAACUACUUCUGUAUUAUGCACACGAAGCUUUCCCGGAGCCAGGGAGCAUAUGCUGCAUGAGGAC